AUGAAAGAGGAUAAAGAAAAGACAAAUGGUGAAAAAAAAGAGGAGAAAAAUACACUCCGUCAAAAAUUCCCAUUUCUAGGAUUUUCGUCGCUAUUGUUUCUUGAAGCUUUUCUGAAUCUAGCUUAUAAUAAAGAUAUCGCGGGAGCGUUUAUUCACAAACAAUAG